CCCAUUACCCUGCAUUCACUAUACCUCUCUCCCACAGUACACAGAACAAGGAAAUGCAAUUAUUUUAGUAAAUAUAAAUUGCUAAAUACCUUUUCUCAUCAGCAGUUGGAGUAGUCUUGUUACUUCUAUCAAUGUUCAGCAGAGCACUGGUAAAAGCUUAUAGGAGGAGUUUUCAUUCUGCUCCAGGAGGAUGCAGUACCUCUGACCUCUGUCUGGACAGGGUUUAUUGGCCCUGUGCUGUUCACAUGCACAUGAAAAAAAAAAAAAAACCUCUCUAGCAAUACACACCAAACUGAGCAU